GCAGCUAGCUCUCCACCGGGUUACUGUCCCGCGGCGUUGUGGAGGACAGCUUACUUAGCUCCGUUAGCAUUGUUAGCAUGCUCUAUAUAACCGAGCAGUGUUAUUGUCGUUAGCCUCGUUAGCAUUAGCGGCUAGCCUCGGAGCUAGCCUCAGAGCUAGCCUCAGACCUCGGUGAUGUGUCGGUGUGUUACUUUACAUCCGGGUUCCUCGUCAUGCGUCCCUCCACACAGCUCCUCUCUCUGAGCUAGCAGUAGCCACUGUUAGCUGUUAGCUGUUAGCCGGAGCUAACGGAAGGCUUUGUCUGGAGACGGCUGAUGAUGUGAGCAUCGUUAGCAUGGUUAGCAUGGUUAGCAUCGUUAGCAUGGUUAGCCGGUAGAUUAGAGUGGACACAGACGGAACAGCUAGCAGAUGCUAAGCUAGCAAAGGACUUCUGGACUGUUUCUGACAUUUGAGUCUGAAGUCAGUGACCUUCAUCCUCUGAUGAAGAUGAUGAUGAUGAUGAUGAAGGCCCAGAGACCAGACAGACCAGGCUGCAGGAACAGCCCAACACUGCUCCACCUGCUGCUGCUCACAGGAUGCAUUGCUGCAUCUCAGAGGAAUGACAACGUCUAUGUGUCAGGGAUUUCCAACGCCUGUGGUGACGUUGCUGAGCUCCUCCGUGGGUCCAGUGGUGUCAUCACUAGUCCCGGUUGGCCUUUUCAGUAUCCGGCCAGACUGAACUGCAGCUGGAACAUUAGAGCUCGACCUGGAGACACCAUCACUAUCAGCUUCCAGGACUUUGACCUCCAGGGUUCCCAUCGUUGCUCCUCAGACUGGAUGUCCAUCAGCAGCUACAGGAGCCUGGACGGGCUACGGGUUUGUGGGUCCUCCCUUCCUCCACCUUACAUCUCCUCCCAGGACCACGUGUGGAUCCACUUUCACUCAGAUGAUGGUCUGACGGGAAAAGGCUUCAGGCUGUCCUACAUCACUGGUAAACCAGAGGCCUCCAGCUGUGACGUGGACCAGUUCCACUGCUCUAAUGGGAAGUGUGUCCCAGACUGGUGGCGCUGUAACUCCAUGGACGAGUGUGGUGACAACUCAGACGAGGAUCUGUGUGUGGAGUCUCCGUUCUCCUUCCAGCCCUGCAGUCUUAACCAGUUCCCCUGUCUGUCCCGCUACACCCGAAUCUACACCUGUCUGCCCCACAGCAUGAGGUGUGACGGUAGCAUCGACUGCCAGGACCUCGGGGAUGAGAUCGACUGUGACGUUCCCACUUGUGGAGAAUGGUUGAGGAACUUCUACGGCUCCUUCAGCUCUCCAAACUACCCCGACUUUUACCCUCCAGGGAGUAACUGCACUUGGCUGAUCGACACCGGAGACCACAGGAAGGUCAUCCUGAGGUUUACUGACUUUAAACUCGAUGGGACGGGUUACGGCGACUAUGUGAAGGUCUACGACGGCUUAGAGGAGAACCCUCGCCGUCUACUCAGGGUGCUGACCGCCUUCGACUCCAGGGCACCCGUCGCAGUGGUUUCAUCGUCCGGUCAGCUCCGGAUUCACUUCUACGCCGACAAGAUCAACGCUGCCAGAGGGUUCAACGUGACCUACCAGGUGGAUGGGUUCUGCCUGCCCUGGGAGGUUCCCUGUGGGGGUAACUGGGGCUGUUACACUGAGCAGCAGCGCUGUGACGGGUACUGGCAUUGUCCCAACGGUCGUGAUGAGCUGAACUGUUCCUCGUGUCAGGACGACGAGUUCCCCUGUUCCAGAAACGGAGCCUGUUACCCACGAUCAGACCGCUGCAAUUAUCAGAACCGCUGCCCCAAUGGUUCUGAUGAGAAGAACUGCUUCUUCUGCCAACCCGGAAACUUCCACUGCAAGAAUAACCGCUGUGUGUUUGAGUCGUGGGUGUGCGACGCUCAGGACGACUGCGGCGACGGCAGCGAUGAGGAGAGCUGCCCCGUCAUCGUUCCCACCAGAGUCAUCACCGCCGCCGUCAUCGGCAGCCUCAUCUGUGGACUCCUGUUGGUCAUCGCCCUCGGCUGCACCUGCAAGCUCUACUCGCUGCGCAUGUUUGAACGCAGGUCAUUUGAGACGCAGCUGUCCAGAGUGGAAGCUGAGCUGCUUCGGAGGGAAGCCCCGCCCUCUUAUGGUCAGCUGAUCGCACAGGGACUCAUCCCACCUGUGGAGGAUUUCCCAGUGUGCUCUGGGAGCCAGGCGUCCGUCCUGGAAAACCUCCGUCUGGCUGUCCGCUCUCAGCUCGGCUUCACCUCCCUGAGGCUCCCUUCCUCUGGUCGCCAUAGCAACCUGUGGCGUCGUCUAUUCACCUUCUCACGGUCGCGGCGGUCCGGUUCUUUGGCUCUGGUCUCGGCUGACCUGGAGGACGCCGCCGGCACAGGGAGUUCAGGUUCUGACCUGCUGUCUCCGGACUCGGACGACACGGACACGGAGGGCGAGCGGGGGAGGGAGAGAGGCCUGGGCGCAGUGGGCGGGCCCGUCGCCCCCCUCCCCCAAAAGACCCCGCCCUCAACCGCUGUGGAGGCUGUGGUAUUCGUGACUACCUCCGUGACCCCGACGCCCACCUGUGGGCGCGGCCAUGAGAGGCUUAGAGAGGCCCCGCCCCCAUCCAGCCCCGUCACCGUGGUAACUCCUGGUCCAGAUCCUGAAUGUCACAGCGACGCCUCUGAGCUCGGGGCUCCGCCCACCUCUGCCCUGCAGCGACUGGCACAGAACUUGCACCGCCUCGCCAGAAACCUGACCAGAACCAGCCAGAACCGGCAGGACCAAACCUGGACCAAUCACAGUCCACUUCGCCAGCUGGAGACAGGAAGAAGUGAGGCCGAAGCCGCAGAGCAGCGAGGAAACGGAGAAGAAGAAGAAGACGUGGAGCUCCUGAUCCCCGUCUCCGACUCCGACUCCGCCUCUUCACUGAUCAGCGACAUCCGACAGCCGCUGCUGGAACCGUACCCCUCCUCUACCACAGGCCAUGCCCGCCGCCAUUACCGCGGAAACGGUUGUCGAGGAGGGCGGGACGGCCCCUGUGAACACUGUGGGAUGGUUCACACGGCUCAGAUCCCCGACGCAUGUCUGGAGGCCACGGGCAAGACGGAGAGCAGCGACGACGAGCUGCUGCUGCUCUGCUAACAAGCUA